GGAAGUGAAAAUGUUGGACAAAACGUUUUCCACUAAAUUGGAUGCCAAAGAUCGCAACCUAUACUUAACCAACGGGGAGUGGAAGUACAACAACAUCAUUGUUUCCCGUGAUACCAUGACUGGUCUUGAGAUGAACUAUAGUACGGUGACUUACCAGAUUUUUAUGCAGAGGCGUCCUAUUCUGUAUGUGCUGAAUCUGAUCAUCCCAACCGCUGUUCUCUUCUUCCUGGAUAUGGCUGUUUCCUUCACUUCUGCCAGUGAUUCUGAAAAGAUCAACGUCAAGAUCACAUUGAUCCUAGAAGUCUCUUUUUUGUCGCUGAUUCUAAAUAGUAUUCUGCCAGCGUCCUCAGAUGACCCCCCUAUAAUAGCGAAAUUUUUCAUGGGAGUUUUCCUGCUGAUGGUUGUCAGCCUCCUUGAGAAUUAUGUGACAAGGUCUCUGAAGGAGAUGAAACCUCCCCGUUGGUUCCUCAAAUGCGAGAGACUCAUUUCCUCCAGGAGAAAAAAGAAAACAUCUGAAAAAUACGUUCCUUAUCCUGAUGAGCAGAAAGAGCCCUGUGAUCACGCCCUGGCAGGCAAAGAAGAUGCAGAAGCAGAGGCUUACAUCUUUCUCAGAAGUAUCUAUUCGGAGGUGAAACAGAUGAGGGAACAGCUAUUUCCCGAGAAGAACCAAAUGGCUACCAAUGCAGAAUGGAACAGGAUCAUGCUAUUACUGAGAGCCUGUUUUUCUAUGCUCGGCUGA